UCCGUAUCGUAGUUGCAGUUUUUCGUAUAGUUUUUUCCUUUUAGGAAGUAGCUAGCUAGCUGGAGUAAAUAUAAUUGUGUAUGUCCAUAAAUAUUGUAAGAUUUUUUCAAUUUUAAUGAUCACAAUUACGUGCAUGUUAAUUGUUAAUGUAUAGUGCUGCAGAUUUACUAUAGACGAAAAGGUGAGUAUGAGGAGUGUUGCAAUUUUGAAUGCAUUCUAGCCAAGCACUUGCAACACUUGUCUUGGGCGAGUUAGCCAGUUGUUAGCAUGUAGCUAGCUAGUCAGCUAACGUUAGCGUGCUACCUUUGCAGGUGUUUUACUAUAAAGGUAGUUAUGUAAACUGAAUCUCAGCUAAAAUGACAUUCUGUUGAAAUACAUGUGUAACUAGCAAUGGCAUUCUUCGUAAUUUUGAAAUGUUCUUGUCAUCCUCAAUGUUUUAGCUAGCUAGCAGCAGAUGAGCCUUCUAUUAACGUUAUUAUAAAGGUAAAUUGGCUCUGGCCAGCAGCAUAGCUAACCCCCCUGUAAGGAGUCUGUACAGUUUUCUUUCUUUCAUUUAUAGAUUAAGUCCUUGAAGCUUUUACAGAUUACUCUGACAUGCGUAUCUCUAAUUGUUCUCUUACGUUUGUUGGCAGUAAAGAAAAAACUCGUAUAACUCAUUGUUUGAGACACUAGAAAUAGUUUCUUGUGAGUGAUGUAGAUUUGAAUGGUGCCUUUGUAUUCAGUAUUCAUCUGCAUUAGUCUCAAUGCUUUUCUCUUCUAUUUUACAGCUUGCUACAGAAAUAUUAAAGGCCCAGUCAACAGCUCAUUAUCAGAUAUGACUUGCAGUAGACAAAGAAAACGUUAAUUAGCUAAGUAAUUAAUGUCAUAUUAAGGGGAUGUGACAAAUAUAUAUAUAUAUAUAUAUAUAUAUAUUAUUCCACAAGGGGUUUUCUUCAGGAUGAGCAGGCCAAUGUUGGAAUUGUUAAGUGGGCUUCCUCCAAUUAACAGGGAGGCAUAGCCCUCAAAAGAAAAGCACAUUUUUUCCAAGGAAGCAGAGAUAGAGGGGCAUUGGCAGGAGCCACAGGAAUAGGGCAGUGAGAUUUCAGGGAGUGGUGUGGAACUUCAGGACCAGAGUCAGUGCUGGGUCAGUCACCAUGGGUGGUGUAACGGGACCAGUUUUCCUGUGGCUGCAGGAUGUGUUAGGGGUAACUCUCCUCAGAGCCCGCAGGACUCUACUGCAGGCUGCAAUCCUCUCCUGCGUUCUAGUGCUGCUGGUCUGGGUGGCCAUCUUCCUCUAUGGCAGCUUCUACUACUCCUAUAUGCCCACCGUCAGCUUUUCUACACCAGUGCACUACCACUACAGUACCGAUUGUGAUGCCUCCAAUUCAGUCCUCUGCUCUUUCCCCAUGGCUAACAUCUCGCUGCUAAAGAAUGGCAAAGACCAGGUUAUGAUUUAUGGUCAGCCAUAUCGAAUCUCUUUAGAGUUGGAAAUGCCUGAGUCGCCAGUCAACGAACAUCUUGGCAUGUUCAUGAUUAAGAUGUCUUGCUACACAAAGGACGGCCAGACAGUUGCAGCUGUGGCGCGCUCUGCUAUGCUGCACUACCGAUCUGGUCUCCUCCAGACAUUGAAUACUCUACUGUUCUCUCCUCUCCUGCUGACUGGGAUGACGGAGCAGAAGCAGCUCAUUGAGGUUGAGCUCUUCUCAGACUACAAGGCCAAUUCUUAUCAACCCACUGUUGGUGCGGUCAUUGAGAUCCAGUCUCGGCGGGUGCAAAUCUAUUCAGCUCAGCUCAGGAUCCAUGCUUUCUUCACUGGUAUCAGAUACCUCCUGUACAAUUUCCCAUUGACGUCUGCAGUGAUUGGCGUGGCCAGCAACUUUGCCUUCCUCAGUGUCAUUGUGCUCUUCGGAUACCUACAGUUUAUAUGGGGGGGACUUUGGCCUCCUGAGCAGGUCAGGGUUAUGAUGGGAGACACGACUCGCCUGCAGCGUAGAAGAGAAGAUGCUCGGAAGCGCAUGUCCUUCUCACAGACUCAAAUGCCUCAGAAAGAUAAUGAUCGUGUGGCUGAGCAGUUGGAAGAACCUAGACAACAAGCAUCAGAAAUAAAGAAAGUGGAGCUGGAAACACCAGAUGUGAUUGGUUCCCUGAACGAGCCCUCUGGUUUGCCAGAGAAUCAAACAGCUCUAGGGUCGUCAUCAGAUGUGCCCCUGGAGGCUCCUCAGAUUAACGAGACCGAUGCAAGUCAGGAGGAGCCUGCUGAUCCGGAGGAUAGAGGUGCAGAAGCGGUCCUGUUAGAGGGACCCCAGGGACCACAGCCAGGGGAAUCUACGCUGCGUCAGAGACAGGGACCCUGGAUGAGUCUCUGAACCAUGGAUCAUCACUCAGACAUUCAAACGCUCACAGGUCCCUCAAUGUGCCUUUCACCGACAGGCAAAGAGAGAAAGAUUGAUGUAUGGAUUGAAGCAGAAAGAUUGACAGACUGACUCCCACAAACACCCUGCACAAAUAUUCCCUAUAGCCUAUCAUUUUACUUAGCAUGUAAUUUAAUAAUAAUCAUAUAAUAUAAUAAUAUAUGCCAUUUAGUAGAGGCUUUUAUCUAAAGUGACUGGAACGUGGCAUGAUAGCUAUGCUCUUUGAUUUUUCAAAGAUCAACCAGUGUCAAGGUUAUAAGCCUCCUUUAGUUCGGCAAAUAUUUGUAGGAUUAAGCUCAAUCCUGACUCUUGCAUGUCCUUCAGAGCAAUGGAAAUAAUCACUCCGGUCUUUAAGCACUUAUUUAAUUCCCUAGCCUGCAUCAUUGUAGCAGAGACUGUUGUUCAGCCUUUUUGUUUUACGAAUGAGUCUUUAAGGAAUGUGAGCAGGUACACAAGCAUAGUUGAGAAUGACUUUUGUGCCUGUGAUUGAAGCCUACGGUUACCAUAAGAAUCAGAGUGCCCUGAGCUGCUGAAUGAUGACCCUGCAGAUUACACUGUUACACAUUUAAAGUUUCUCCACAGUUAUUCAUCUUAAAGGCAAGGAACAUGCAUUUUGUUUAUGCUUCUGUAGAAGGUUAUUGUAUUAUUUUCCUUGAGGAAAUAUGCCUUUUAGAGCUAUUACAGGGACCACCACAUGUUGAAUUUAAUUUAAUUGGGCCGAAACAAAUAUAGCAAGAUGUACAUUCUAUUCCCAAAGGAUAGCACUUAAAAGUAUUUAUUAAAGCACUUGUUUCCAAAGUGGUCCUUAAUGUUACUUUGUUUUUAAAUUAAUAUGUAUUUUUUCUGUUUUAGAUAACUAAAUGUUUCAAGGAGCAAAGAAGGAUAUGUUAAGUUACAAUUGGAAGAGUUUUGUUGAAAAGUACUCAUAUAUGAAAAAAGUGUUGUAGAAAAUAAACAAGAUAUGGUCUGUGAUAUGGUCAAAUGUCAUUUGUGAGGUUCAUUCAAAUGUGAAUGAGGGCAAUGAAUGGAAGGUGAUUUGACUUAAGUAUGAUUCAAAUGUUAUUUGAGAAGAUCAUGAGAAUUGUAUCAGUAUAUGAAUGAUCAGAUAUAAUUAAGUCAAUUCAUACAAAUUUCAAACUGAAAAAGAUAUUUGACGCAACUGAUGAAUGCUCUGGUUGUUCACAACUUUUAGUUUUAUUGACUUUGAUAUCAAAUCAGUCAUAGUUUUGUUUGGGUCAUUACAGUGCAUGUGCAUUGUGUUUUUCUUUACCUGCAAUUGUGUACAUGCAACGACUGUCAAGCAAUGAUUGUUUUUAUGUUAUUUAAGCUUUACUGCCUGAGUUUAAAAAACGCUGUGCACAAAAUAUGAAUACAUUCAAUAUUUUGUUGGUAAUCAGGUAAAAGGUUGUAUGCAGAUGAUAACAUCUGAGGUUAUUUUCCGGUGAAGUGGUUCUUUAAGAGUUAGUAGUGUCCUAGCAGUAGGUAGUCAGUUUUUCACACUGAACUAUAACAAUACAGUGACCGUGCUCUGUAACGUCCUGGCUUUUGAAAUGUGUUUAUGACAGGGUUUUUAUUGUGCCCAGUUCACACCAAUGUUGGAAUAAGCAGCCUCUGACUUACAGUAUCACAACAGCCCUAUUCUACACUGAACGAAAAUGUAGACGCAACAUGUGUUGGUCCAAUGUUUCAUAAGCUGAAAUAAAAGAUCCCAGAAAUGUUA